AUGAGCAAGAAGGAAAGGACUGGGACAUUCGCCGUGCGGGACGGGCUCAACGCCUCCGCCGUGGUGGUGUACGACUACGGCAAGCUGCUGGUCGGCUACAGGUCGUGGCGUCACCGCGCCUGCUACAUCACCCGCGUGGACAAGGACAACAUCCCGGGGCUGGACGCCGUCGCCGAGACCUUCCAGCGUCGGCAGGGGAGGGGUGGCCACCGGGCUGAGGCGAAGGAGGCUGGGGACAACGCGAUGCCGCUGGCCGACCGCUCCAUCCUGGGCACCACCGUGAACAUUCUCUGCAGCACCGUCCCUGUCUACUGGGCGUAG